AUGUCCAAGGACCUGAAAAUUCUGUGCAGUGACUCUUACCUGUAGCUGAGUGAGGAUCAGUAUCAGCAUUUAAGUGGUGAUAACAAAGAGUGUGAAAAAGUACUGAAAGAAAUCUGCACUCUGUAUGUGGGGAAUCUUUCCUUUUCUACAACCACAGAACAAAUAUUUGAGCUCUUUAGUAGAUGUGGCAAUAUCAGGAGUGUAUUUAUGGGUUUAGAUAAAAUAAAGAAAAUGGCAUGUGGUUUCUGUUUUGUAGAAUACCGCAACAGAACUGAUGCUGAAAAUGCCAUGUUGUUCCUAAAUGGAACCAUCUUAGAUGACUAUAUCAUCCACAGAGAUUGGGAUCUAGGCUUUAGAAAGUGCAGACAGUGUGGCUGUGGCCAAUCUGAGUGCCGGGUAAGGGAUGAGUUUCAUGAAGAUUUUGAUGCUGGUAGAGGAGACUUUGGAAAAGAAGCUGAGGCCCAGGAUAAGAGAGGAACCCUUUAG